ACCACGUGUGCGUCCGCAGUAGCCAUGCGUGUUGAGGUGGAAAAUGUCUAAUUUCAGCAGUUUGUUGUUAUUUGCAAACAUAAAAUAAUGCCUCCAGCGAUGUCGUCGUCGUCGUCGUCGAGCGAAGGCGAAGAGGACAGCCACCCGACAGAAUCACCUGUAGCGCGAAAAGAAACCGAUAAGAAGACCAGCACGUACCAGUGUCCCGAUGACUUCGUGCCUUUCUGCCACAAGCCCUGCAGCAGCACUCUCACCGAGAGCCUGAAGAACGAGGACAAUGAGCUGUGGCUCAUUAAAGCUCCUGCCAGCUUCAACCCAGAAUGCUUCAGCGGCAUCAAGGUGCCGCUCUCUGGUAUCCAGACCCUGAAGGUUCCCACGGCUCCAGGCGGAGCCAAGACUGGGAGCGGCCAGCAGGUCUACAGCGUCCUGGCGUCCCCCCACGGCACCUCGGAGCUCCACCUGCUCACCAGUGACGAGCCGUUGUCGAGCAGUGUUGUCUUCGGGCCGGCCUUUUCGGGCCUAAUCAACGUGUGCGAGAACUACGGGGACAGCGGCGCCAACCAGGCCCCUCAGGUCAUCCCCGCCACCCUGCCGCCCUCCUUACCGACGGGGCUGAAGCAGCGCUUCCACCCUUUCGGCAGCAAGACCCCCACGCUGACCUGCGUGGCAGAAAGCGAGGUGGACGGAGCCGCCCUGGGGCCCUCGUCCGCGACUCUCCGCCCGCUCGUCGUCAAGCGGUUCGUGGAGGAAACUUGGCAGGAGGAGGAAGGGAGGAAAGGGAAAAAGAAGAAGAAGAAAGAAAAGCGAAUAAAGACGGAGGUACUGGACGUGGCGGAAGUGAAAGUGGAACCCGUCUCUGAAGUUCAGGAGGAAGCGACGAUGGGGCUCCCCUUUCAGCAGGGCGACGCUUCGGAGGAAACGAGGAAAAAGAAGAAGAAAAGGAAGGACCGGGAGCGAGAGGAGGUGGAGGAGGGCGUGGAGCCAAGCGUGAAGGAGGAGGAGGUCACGGUGAAAUGCGAACCGAUCGACGAUUCCUACGGUGACGUUGUGAAGGGAAGGAAGAAGAAAAAGAAGAAGAAAAGCAAAACUGGCGAUGACUAGCCCCUUUCGUUGGUUGAUCUUAGGCCUCAUAGGAGCCAUUUUAUCACGACUUCACGAAUGCAGCGCUUGCUUUGGCCAGGACAUCGCUUUUCAGAAGUAAAGAAGAAGCAGAAGAACACAUCCUGAAUCAAUUGAGCGGUGGAUUCAUCCCAACGUCUUUAGGGCCAACGUUCCUCUAAUUUCACCACGCAAAGGACCGCUUUACAAACAAGGAAUGUGCGGCGCCGCAGCGCUGCAUGAGUCAGUCGGAGAGGGAACUUUUGCCAUCGUCUGGCCAGUCCCGUUAGAUUUGGCGGGAUUACGCUCGCACAGCGCAUCCGUGUGCGUAAUCACGCAGCCGAGGCACCGCAGCAGGUCCAGAGGUGUCACGUCAUGUUUAGAUAUUGUAUUAUUUUUUAAGAUCUGAGUCCCAUGUCUUGGAGAACACAUGUUUUAAAAUAAACUCCCAGAAAAUGAAAUGAAAGAAAAGUGUUUGUUUUUUCUGCCUAUGCCUGGAUCGAGUGGUGAUUUCAUCCAGAAGGAAUGGAACCAGAACUCUGUGCAACAAAAGGAGCGUUCCCAAUGCACUGAUCUGUCUCCUCAUGAUUUUGUGUUUUUGAUGACGAGAAGAGAAGUCUGUGUUCCGUGACCAGACGUUUAGGUUUGCCAACAAUGUUUUCUGAAUGAAAUGCGAAGAGUAGUUUAUUUGGCAAUGCACUUUAUUGUGAAAUGAAGUUGUUUCUCAGUAAAUAUCUCCCUUUCUCUCAGAGCUCUGCAGUGAAAAAUGUUUGCGGUUCUGCUUGUAAGCUUUUUAGUUGCACAAACAAUUCCCUCAAGUAGUUUGGCCUCCCAUUAAAUAGAUCCGGCCCCGAGUUUCAUGAUGGACUUCAUGAUCUAUUUUGUGGCUUUUUCUCCGCUCUGCCUCGACUACUCCGUGGCUCUAACCUGUCGGCAUGCUGAAGGUCCUAUCACAAAGCCCUGGCAUCAGAACUGGAGGCUGAAUGUGUUGUUACUCUGUAACGCUGUUCCUCCGUACACAUGACAUCUCUUGCUUCUGUCCAUCCUGGAGAGGGAUCCUCCUCUGUUGCUCUCCUCAAGGUUUCUUCCCUUCUUUCCUGUGAAUAUUUUUUCUUCUAUUUCUUGUGAGUUUUUCCUGAUCCGAUGUGAGAACCUGGAAACGGGGAUGUCUAUGUGUACAGACUGUAAAGCCCUCUGACGCAAAUUUGUAAUUUGCGAUAUUGGGCUAUCCAAAAUAAAUUGAAUUGAGUUGAAUACCAAGUC